GUUGCUCGAGCGGACAUUAAUCAGUACAGCACUCAUUUCAAAUAGUCUUUGAUAACCGGCAUAGUCGGCAUAGUGAUCGCGGUCAGUGUUGUGUGAGGGCAUCAAGGGCCGUGGAUAUUGAAUCAGAGCUGGUUUGCUUCAUAAGAAGAAUUGUCUGUCUGAUCGUCAAGGAACUUGUUCGUAAUAAUCACGUGGAGCUUUGAACGCGGUUGGGUACUUCUACAAAACUGAGUGAGCACGAUGGGAGCCCGUCAGAGUAAGCGCUCUGUGGAUAUCACGACGACCCCCAAGAAAGAAGGUGCAGAGGAGCAGCAGCAGCCCCUGGACGGGCGCUUGGGGCAUAUCGAGGAAGGGGGAAGUGACAAGCCAGCGGCCAACGGCGCUCCGACGCUCUCGACCACAGACAUUCAGGAGGAAGUGAUACACAACGGGUCUGAGCAGGUAGCAGAUGGCGAAAUUGAGACUGCAGCCCAGACACCUGAGGCAGAGAGUGCGAUAGCAGAGGAAAAGGAAAAAGAGGAUGAUAAGACGAAGAAAGAGAAGAAAGAGAAGGUGAAGAAGAAGUGGUCCUUCCGGUCCAUCAGCUUCUCCAAGAAAGACAAGAGCAAGCUGCCACGCGAGGACAAGAACGGCGAUGUCACCAAGGAGGAGGUUGCCGAGGUUAAUGAGGAGAAGAUCGAGGCAUCAGAAGCCGUGGCCAUAGAUGAGACAGCAUUGAUCGCUCAGCAGGAAGCAGGAAGUGAUGCAGCAAAGGACAGUGAAGUUACUGAGAAAAAGGAGGAAGUCAUAGCUGCGGAAGUUGAGGCAAAGACUGAGGAGCCUGCUGCUGUAGAGGUUCCACCUGCACAAGUUGAGAAAUCGUGCAAAGAGCAACAGACAUCUGCCAGCAAAUCCGAGCCAGAAGCAGCGGCACCAUCGCCACCGGCAACAUACGAAGAAGUCCCUCCACCCCUGCCUGCCAGUCCACCACCCACAGAAAUUGAGGCUGCAUCCAUCACAGAACCUCAGAAAGUCGCAGAGGUCGUAGCACAAGUGGAAAGCUCACCAACAGAACCAAAGGAUAUGAUUGGUGUCCCAGGCAUAGCUGUUCAGCCUGCAUCUCCUGUCCCUACACCAAAAGUAGAGGAAGACGUUGUAGCCAAAAUAGACCAACCAGUGACACCAACUUGUGUUGAGGAACCUAAGACAGAGGAUGUUGAUGUACCAAAACCAGUGGAAGUACCAGCACCAAUUGAGAAAAUUGAAGUUGUAGAACCAAUACCACUGGUGUCCCAGGCAGAGGAGCAGGUGCCAGCUCCCACAGAGAUCCCUGCUCAGGUUGAGACAGAACCAGUUCAGACCUCUGAUGUCAAGAUGCCAGAAACACAAGAAUCAGUUCAGGCACCCAAUGAAUCAGCUCAGUCACCGGUGGUCCAGGCUGCUGUCGAAGAGUAAAUCUGCCCCUUCCCUUUGUGGUGAAACAGUGUUACAGUUAUUGGACCAUUAAUUUCUCAUGGACGGACACAGAGUUGUGUGGCGAGUGUUGCUGCUGGAAGAUCUUCCAAGGCCUAAUCAGCUCAAUACUGAAGCAACACUCAAUAAUUCUGCUGCCAUUUCGUUUUGUAAUGUGACACCUCGAGAUAAAAAUACUCAAAAAAAGGAAAGCUCAUUACCACCAACAAAGAGUUGCCAUAAGUUGUGACCCAUUGCUGGUGGUGUUACACAGUUUGUAAAAAUAUCAUACACUUGCUUGACCUUGGGGAUGGGUUUUCUACAAGUAGGUUUCACUUGUCACUGCAUCACACACACACAAAUACAAAAUAAUUUUUGGUAAUUUUUUCACAACUAUUUUCUUAAGAUGUUUUUUGUAUGUGUACUAUUUAAAAUACUUUGUAUCAUUAAGUGAGUUUUCUGCUUUCUUUAGAUUAGAAUUAUGAGUCCAUGAAGGUUCUAGUAACCUUGGGAUCCACUUUUUGGGGAAGAGUCUCAGUAUAAUAAAACAUUAUGCAACAUUUUUACAGAUCUCUACAGUGAACAAUGUGCUAUUGUAGACUGGUGUCUGCUUGAUGUGCCCCAUAGUUCAGUACUUAGCCCCUGCGACAAUAUACACCUGGCUGGCAGCUAAAUUGUUACACCUCGAUGAAAGACAACGAAUAUUUCCCCCCUGGUGUUUGAAAAAGUGUUUUUGCAGUUUGUUGGUGUAUUCAAUAGUCAAGAUCCCUCACUGAAUUUUACAACUUUUGAUUGUCAUGUGUAAAUGUUUUUUUUUUGGGGGGGGGGUGCAGUCACUGUGAUUAUCAAAGCAUCAUUAUCAACUGACAUGCCCUUGUUCUCAUGAUAAUCACUGUUACAAAAAUGGGUUAUUUUAUUGGCCAACUGAAGCGCCACAUUAGAAAAUAUUGACAUAAGUAUAUAAGAUUAUGGGAGGGGGGGGAGUUGUGUUUGUGUGACCUGAGCAGAAUAUAUUAUUGAAAUUGUGAAUACUGUAAGUUGUGGCAUGUAUCUCUGUAAAUUGGGUUCAGUUUGGCAAUUAAACCUUAGUGACAUGAAACCAAAGGCUUUGUAUUGGUUGGAUGGACAGAAAAGUAAGGUAGUGAACACAAAAGCUUUCAGCAUUUGUCACAAAGACCAGGAAGUUCCAUACUUAUCCUUUAGAUGGAAACAAACGUGGUAUAGGCUGUGGAAAUGGAUAUAACUGUUUGAUGUUCUGCCCCUUCCAAUUGCUUUGAAUAUAUGUAGCAUACACAUAAAGAUAUAUAGGUGCUUAUAAAGACCAAUCUUCUGUAUUGUGAAAGUAAAUUCAUCAAGGAAGCAUAUAAUAAACAAGAUCAUUUAUUACUUA